AUGGUGUUAACUGAGGAAAAUUUCGAGACAGUCAUCGCAGAAGAUUCGAGUCAUGAUUACAUAGGAGGAGUUCAACAGAAAAUGAGCUGCGAGCGGCUGUUUGAGAAUUUUGAAAACGUUGAUACGCCACAAGAAUGCCAAGUUACCGGAAGUAUCCCAUCAUGGCUUCAUGGAACAAUGGUCCGUAAUGGACCGGGAAUGUUCAAAAUCGGUGACACUGAGUAUAAACACUGGUUUGAUGGCAUGGCAUACAUUCAGAGAUAUCACUUCGAGGAUGGUAAG